UACUACAGAAACUUUCCGGCAUCAACCAUUCUAACUAGCUGCUUGACAAGCAUUUAUCGACAGAGCAGUUUUUUCAGUACGGUUGUUCAAGAUUCCUUGAAGUGUUUCCUGUUUCUACCUACGCGAAAGCUUGACGUGUUACCCUUAUGGUAUAAUUUGCAACCAAUAUAAUUGCAAACGACAAUUCGACGUUAUCAAAGCAAUUUUAAAACCCUUGUUACGAAAUAGCGACUAAGAACAUACAAUAAUCAACGUCUCCCUUUUUUGUAGUAAAAUGAGCACCAAUAAUUCAGAUAUCGCUGAACGAAUUGCAGCAGCUAGGCAUGAGGCUGAGUCCCUCAAGGAGAAGAUCAAGCAGAAAAAGGAUGCUUUAGCAGACACUACCCUUCGACAGAUGUCUCAGGAUAUUGAGCCCCUUCCCCGUAUCGUUAUGAAGGUGCGCCGAACUCUCAAGGGUCAUUUGGCAAAAAUUUAUGCCAUGCAUUGGGCAACCGAUAAAAGGCACUUGGUGUCCGCAUCACAAGAUGGAAAACUCAUUGUUUGGGACGCCUAUACAACCAACAAAGUGCAUGCUAUACCACUGCGCUCGUCCUGGGUUAUGACUUGUGCCUAUGCACCGUCCGGAAACUUUGUAGCCUGUGGCGGUUUAGACAACAUAUGUUCCAUUUACAACCUGAGAACUCGUGAUGGUCCCAAUCGUGCAGCCAGAGAACUUUCCGCACACACUGGUUACUUAAGUUGCUGCCGGUUCAUCAACGACAGACAGAUCUUGACAAGUUCUGGAGAUAUGACUUGUAUGCUCUGGGAUAUCGAUGCUGGAGUCAAAAUUGAAGAGUUCACCGAUCACACUGGCGACGUCAUGAGCUUAUCUUUGAGUCCAAAUCCGAACAUUUUUGUCUCUGGUGCUUGUGAUGCUACCGCCAAAGUUUGGGAUAUCCGAGCUAAGCGAUGUGUCCAAACAUUCGCUGGACAUGAAUCGGAUAUCAAUUCGGUUCAAUUCUUUCCCAAUGGCAAUGCCAUUGGUACCGGUUCUGAUGACGCUAGCUGCCGACUGUUCGACUUGCGUGCCGACCGUGAAUUAAACCAAUAUACACAUGACAGCAUUGUGUGUGGUAUUACUUCCGUCGGGUUUUCAGUAUCUGGUAGAUUGCUUUUCGCUGGCUACGACGAUUUCAAUUGCAAUAUCUGGGAUACUUUGAAAGGAGAGCGAGUGGGUGUACUUACUGCCCAUGAAAAUAGAGUAUCAUGCUUAGGCGUCUCUAGCGAUGGCAUGGCUCUUUGCACUGGUAGCUGGGACAGUUUCCUCAAGAUCUGGGCUUAGAACAUAUGGUCUGCUUGUAGCAACAGUGCAAAUCGGAAAAUACCCUCUUCCAUCAUUUUGUUCCCUCCUUUUAUUUGUGUUUUUCAAGCUUCAUUCCUUCAUCAACGUCUCUACUUUUCCCCUUCUAUUCUUCUCAUUUAUACGCUGCUGCCUUUUAUUUCUUUACUCUAUGUAUUUGCACCCAUAUCACACUACUUUACGCUAUAAAAACCGUUUGAAACGCUGGCAAGCGUUUGGAGAUCUACACGGAAAACAGGCGGUCUCCACCAAAGGUAGAAUGACAAGCCCAUUCUAAAGAUCAUUCCAACACUAUACAGGAUCCUAUAUCAAUUUCUGUACUUAAUUUAUUUUUUAUAAAAGAGAUGUGAUCAUUACAU